UUACAGUCGGGGUGGGAGAAAAAGGGAUGACAGACCAGGGAGAGACAGAGUAAGCUCCCAUGCGAACAUGUCUAGAGACACUCCCCAUCAUCCUAGAAAUGAGACAAGAGAGGAAAAAAGCUGGUUCAAAGUCACAAUUCCUCAUGGGAAAAAAUAUGAUAAGGGUUGGCUAAUAGGUCUCUUACAAAGUGCCUGUGCGCUACCAUUCACACCUGUUGAGUAUCAUUGUGACCAUUCUCGAGCUCACUUCUUCGUGGAAGAUUCUGCUGUGGCAAAAGCCUUAAAACAGAUUUCACGGACAUUCACUGACCGAGAAAACUUCAAGGUUACGAUUUUGACACAUUCUUGUCCUCCCCCAUCGUUUCCAAAAAGUUUGACAGAUGAAGAAAUAGUACAUUUAAAGACCUGUAUGCAGAAACGAUAUGAUGGAGCUCAACAAGCUCUCAAUAUGAAGUCCGUACGUUUGGAUCCAGGCCUAGUUGAAAACAAGGUAGACAUCAUUCCGAACCGGAAGGCUUGUAUGCAGGCCAUGCUACAAAUAAUUGAGGAGAAUGUGCCAGAGCUGCUGUCUUUGGAUCUUAGUAACAACAAACUCUAUAAACUUGACCAUAUGUCAGAAAUUCAUCAUAAAGCUCCUAAUCUGAAGAUUCUUAACCUGUCUGAGAACAUGCUGAGGUCUGAAAAGGACCUGGAUAAGAUAAAAGGCCUUAAAUUGGAAAUGUUGUGGUUAGAUGGGAAUCCACUCUGCAAACUCUUCAGAGACCAAACUUCAUACAUCAGUGCCUUGCGAGAACGUUUUCCCAAACUCCUGCGACUGGAUGGACAUGACCUUCCUCCUCCAAUCACCUUUGAUGUAGAAACCCCCACAACACUCCCUCCUUGCAAGGGCAGUUAUCUUGCAACAGAUGAUAUUAAAGCAUUGGUUUUGCGAUUUCUUCAACAAUAUUACGUGUGCUAUGACAGUGAAGAUCGUGAAGGCCUCCUUAAUGUAUACCACGAUGAGGCUUGCAGUUCGCUCAGCAUUGCUUGUGGGCAAGGACAGAAUCCCUCUAGAAGCAGUCUUGGAGAGUAUUUUAACAACAGCAGAAAUCUAAAAAGAUUACGUGAUCCAGGGCGACGCUUUAAACUACUGAAACACAAGCGCCUUAAUGUUGUUAGCUUCUUAAAUGAGCUCCCUCGUACACAGCAUGAUCUCAAUUCAUUUGUUGUAGACAUUACUGCUCAGUCUAACACACUACUGUGUUUCGUGGUGAACGGUGUAUUUAAAGUUGAGGGGCAGUCUAGUGAUCCUGUACGUGCUUUUACACGGGUGUUCAUAGCUGUGCCAGGCACUGAUGGAGGGCUCCUCUUAGUGAAUGAUGAUCAAUUCAUAAGGAAUGCCACCACAGAAGAGAUUCGGAAAGCAUUUGCCACACCAGCUCCUACUCCUUCCAGCAGCCCAGUACCUGUCCAUGCACCUGUGCCCCAAGAUAUGGUGCAAGCAUUUUCACUGUUCUCCGGAAUGAAUGCAGAAUGGUCUCAAAAGUGUCUUCAGGACAAUGGUUGGGACUUUGAACAGGCAGCACAGAUUUUUAUGAAGCUCAAGGCAGAGGGUAAAAUCCCAGAAGUUGCCUUCAUCAAGUGACUCUCCACUUUAAUCUUUCCUUCAUCUUUGCUCCUUUUUAAAGU